CGUCUCGUUGUUGCUCUUUAAGCUGGUGCCAAUAAUCUGCCAAAAGCAGAAAGUGAGAUCUCAGUAGAACACAUCACGUAGAGUUGUUCAGUCACACCUCGAGCUACCAUCGACAACAUAUGAAAUAUGGAGGCAGCUCAUGACAAGUCUGUUAUAAAGAAUUAUGGUUCUGCGUUCACACCAGUAAAACCCACUCACUCCCUCAAUAACGCCUCGGUGUUCAAGCACCCCUUUUCAAUAAGAAGUCUUUUAGAACUUGACGAAAGGGACGUCGCCGAGAGUUCACCCUUUAGGAGUUUCAGCCCUGAGCAUGGCUCGACCUACUCUGCCCGCUCGCCUGAUUGCGAGGAACACUGCGAAGAAGCCUACACGAGUCCAGAGGUUGUCCCGUACUCAUCGUGGCUCUGUAUCCCUGGGCGCUCCACUAGUACACGCGAAAAUAAAAGAAAUGCUGACACCAAACAAGAAAGAAAGCACCCAAAGAAACAAAAACAGCGGCCUCUGUUUGGUCAGAAGCAGAUUCAAAGACUCGAGGAGGAAUUCGUCUGCGAGAAGUAUAUCUCCAAGUCUCGCCGCUCAGCCCUAGCAGCAGAAAUAGACUUGACAGACGCCCAAGUUCGCACAUGGUUUCAAAACAGGCGAACGCGCUGGCGGAAAGAGGAACGGGCUGAGAGCCGAUGCGAGAAGACGUCAUGGGAAGCCUGUGAGAGCGAAAAACCGCGAGAGACUGGGUUUACUGGUAACUGUUUGGUUGUCCGUGGUUACUGUCUAUCAUGAGUGGUCAGUGGGUCUAAAAACCGCGGGAAAAUUGGACUAUCACUCGUCAAGCAAGUCAUACAUAUUUAGGGCAUUUUACUGAGAAAAAAGGUCAAGGGUGCUGCAGUGAUUCAACGAACUGAAGGGAAUAGGAAAUCUUUUGAGACCUAAGACUAAGGUUUCGAGUUUCGAAAUGCCAAUGAUAAAACUAAAAACGUAUUCAUCAAAAUAUUGGGUGCUGAGUUUGAUUGUAACGAUCUCAGAUUUGCUAUGUAUCUUUCUGUAUAUAAUCGUAUUACAUGUCUUCCUGCGUCUAGUCUAAGUGUCAGGCUAAGAACGGCUGCGCAGAUCACCUUGCGUCAUUUCUUUCAUCAUUUUAAAGGAAGGAUGGGACGAACAAAGCAGGGAAAGCCCGUUAAUUCUAACCAUCAAGAAGGACGAGAAGCAUUAUGUUAGAGGAGUAGAAAUGACAAAAAUAGGAUUAACCUAUUGACUUCUUACCCGGCCGUAACCCAAACAAUUCAUUCAUAUUAAAGGGGCAGUCGCACCGGUAGCGGUAUUUUUCAAGAGUGCUACCGUCACCAAUCCGGCACAGAGAAAAACUACUCGACACUAUCUAAAAGCUGUUUGAUUGUCUUAUUGUGAGCAAAUUCGGCGCGAUGCAAACGGAUUUCAUAUCUACAUAAUUUUUCAGCCGUCUAUUUCGUACUCAAGAAAUGACGAUUCCACAGUGUAUUUUUACUUUGAAACGGUGUGACUGCCCCUUUAAAAAUAAACACGAGAUCAAGGUACUCAGGCGUCAGUCUAAUGGAAAAAUGGCCUUGAAACUAUGUAACAGUCACCAAAUAAUAGUACAAUAAUGUACAUUUUGCUCAGUUGUAUAGCCAGGGGUCAAUGGGCAGACAUCGGAAAGCUAGUUCUUUCAGACUGGGGAUUUCUACCUUUCCAUGUUUGUGUCAUCGGAUUUCUACUGUUGUACAUCAAUUACACGCAUUACAAUAUCACGUUUGAACUUUUA